CGCGGGUCACGUGUGAGGAGGGGCGAAAGUCUCGCAAAGCGGGGCGGCGUGCCGCGAGUUGGGAGUUCUCGGCGCGCCGCGGGCGGCGGGAGCUCGGGCUCCCGGGCGAGCCGGGGACGCGGCAGAGGCGGGGGCCUGGGUCCGAGACCGCGGGGGCCGCACCGAGAGUGGGAGGCAGAGAGAGAGAGAGGCAGAGGCAGGGACCCGGAGCGAGACAGAGACGCUCAGGGGAGAGAGGGCAGAGGCAGAGGAAGGCAGCGGACAGACCGGGAGGGCGACGGAGACGAAGACAGGGGCCCGCGGGGAGAGUCGGAGAGACCCAGGCGGGCAGGAGAGACUGCGAGAGACCGAGAGCCGAGGGGGCCGGCGGGGGCGGGGGCGGCAGAGCCCGGGCCGGCCGGCUUCGGGGGUCUCGGGGCCGGAGGCGAGCGCAGCGGGCCAGGGAGCGGAGCGCAGGGCGGGGGACAGCGCCGAGGGACAGCGAGAGAACCGUGGGGGCGGCGGAGAGAAGGCGGCGGGGGCGGGGGGCUCCAGCGCCAUGGGUCCCCGGACCCCCGCGCUCUGAGCCCCGGCCCGGGGCCCGACGAUGCUGAAGCUGAGGCGGCGCCGAGGGCGCGGCGCGGGGCAGCGCUGAAAGUUGGGCGGCCGGCGGGGAGCGGCGCGGGACGGCCCGGAGGCCGGGACACCGGGGGACCGACGGACAGACCCACAGGCAGCGGGGGAGGGGGGCGGGGCCGGCCGCCGAGUUCGCGGGGAAGGGGCGCCGGGACUCCCCGCUCCCGGCCCGGGACGCUGCCCGCCCGACUGCGCCGUGGGAUGUAGCGGCCUCUCGCCGCCUCCCGGAGACUCGUCGGACCCUGCGCCCCGCGUUGUCAGCUGUUUAUUGUGGCUGCAUGUGCCGGGCACUGGGGUUCGGGGUGAAGCAGAGUCAAGGUCUCAGCCCUCAAGGAGACUGCCACUGAAAUCGGUUCGGAUGGGAUUAAUGCUGGCAGGAAGAUCAGGACACAGACAGAGCGCGCCUGGGGGACCUCUUGGAGGAGGCGGCCUUUGAAUCAAGACCUGAAUGGCCCUGCGUCUUCCCAGGUGAGCACGCCGGCUUCAGGACAUGCACGGGCACAGCCGCAACGGGCAGGCCCACGUGCCCCGGCGGAAACGCCGCAACCGCUUCGUCAAGAAGAACGGCCAAUGCAACGUCUACUUCGCCAACCUGAGCAACAAGUCGCAGCGCUACAUGGCGGACAUCUUCACCACCUGCGUGGACACGCGCUGGCGCUACAUGCUCAUGAUCUUUUCCGCGGCCUUCCUCGUCUCCUGGCUCUUUUUCGGCCUCCUGUUCUGGUGCAUCGCCUUCUUCCACGGUGACCUGGAGGCCGGCCCGGCAGGGGCCACGACGGGGUCCCCGGCGGGAGGCGGCGGCGGCGGCGGGGCGGCCCCGGCGGCCCCCAAGCCCUGCAUCAUGCAUGUGAACGGCUUCCUGGGCGCCUUCCUGUUCUCGGUGGAGACGCAGACGACCAUCGGCUACGGCUUCCGGUGCGUGACGGAGGAGUGCCCGCUGGCCGUCAUCGCCGUCGUGGUCCAGUCCAUCGUGGGCUGCGUCAUCGACUCCUUCAUGAUUGGCACCAUCAUGGCCAAGAUGGCCCGGCCCAAGAAGCGGGCGCAGACGCUGCUGUUCAGCCACCACGCGGUCAUCUCCGUGCGCGACGGCAAGCUCUGCCUCAUGUGGCGCGUGGGCAACCUGCGCAAGAGCCACAUCGUGGAGGCCCACGUGCGGGCCCAGCUCAUCAAGCCCUACAUGACCCAGGAGGGGGAGUACCUGCCGCUGGACCAGCGGGACCUCAACGUGGGCUAUGACAUCGGCCUGGACCGCAUCUUCCUGGUGUCGCCCAUCAUCAUCGUCCACGAGAUCGAUGAGGACAGCCCCCUGUACGGCAUGGGCAAGGAGGAGCUGGAGUCCGAGGACUUUGAGAUCGUGGUCAUCCUGGAGGGCAUGGUGGAGGCCACUGCCAUGACCACCCAGGCCCGCAGCUCCUACCUGGCCAGCGAGAUCCUGUGGGGCCACCGCUUUGAGCCCGUGGUCUUCGAGGAGAAGAGCCACUACAAGGUGGACUACUCGCGCUUCCACAAGACCUACGAGGUGGCCGGCACGCCCUGCUGCUCCGCCCGGGAGCUGCAGGAGAGCAAGAUCACCGUGCUGCCCGCCCCGCCGCCCCCGCCAAGUGCCUUCUGCUACGAGAACGAGCUGGCCCUCAUGAGCCAGGAGGAAGAGGAGAUGGAGGAGGAGGCCGCGGCCGCUGCCGCCGUGGCCGCGGGCCUGGGCCUGGAGGCGGGCUCCAAGGAGGAGGCGGGCAUCAUCCGGAUGCUGGAGUUUGGCAGCCACCUGGAUCUGGAGCGCAUGCAAGCCACCCUCCCGCUGGACAACAUCUCCUACCGCAGGGAGUCCGCCAUCUGACCUCCAGGCCCGCCCUCGUCGCUCCCCACAAGAGCCUCUGCCGGGGUGGGAUCCCAGGACCCCCCGCACACUCAGGACAGAGCUCACCCUGGCUCCGCGGACCUUCUGGAGGGAAGUGGGGGGCUUCGGAAACUGGGGGACCCCUUCUUACUGGCUCCAGAACCCAAGCCUGGGAACGGCCCAGGCUGCCCUCAGUCUGGGCAGCCCAGGUUGCCCAGCGCCCACCCACUGGUGACUCAGGGACCCCAGGCCCACCCCCCUCUUCCCACCGACCCUUCGAGGACAUUCACCCUUUGCUCUCAGAACCUUGGGGAAGGCGGCUGGACUGUUGGGGGGGGUGGGCAUCUUGGGGUUCUGGGGGGGCCGGUGGUUAGCUUGGGGGGCGGGAGGGGGGUGCGUUUCUUCUGCAUGACUGUGGAGUCUGUUGCUCAUGACUUUCUUUUGUAAAUAUCCAUAAAGGGAGAGAUGGAGGCACCAAACCCACCUUCUGCCAUUUGUACCUGCAGGACGAGUUGUCCCUCGCUGUGCAUCCCUCCCCCUCCCCACCCGUCAGGCCAGCCCCUUCCCCUGCCCAGCUGGCUGGCGGCUGGGGCCCCUCAGAGCCAGCUGUCCUAGCUCCUGGAUAGCGCUGGGUUUGGGUGCAGGAGUGGGACACCCGGGAGUAGGAGGAGGGCCCUCCCUCCCUGUGGUCCCUCUGGGCCCCCAAGCCGAGCCCAGACUGACAAUGGCGUUUGUAACUAUAUAUUUUUAAUAAAGUAUAUGGUCCAUUA